AUGACAGCACUGGUUGAUGUCCAUAUAGCAGGUGGUGGUUGUCUAACUCUUGCACCUGCCAGUCAGUCACCUGCUACUUUCCUCCUGCGGAGUAAUAGCUUAAUAGCAGCGGGGAUAAAGGCUAGCCUUCUCAUCCAAACCAAAUUUCAGACAGUAUUUGUGCUUAUUCCCACUCCCAGAGUUUUCCCUUCUUUAAAUGAGUUUCCUGUUCAUUUCUUUGUUGCAGUAACUGUAAGUGCAUUGGAAGGAAAUGAUUGCAAAGACUCUGUGCGGAUGAUUGCAGAAAAUGCCGAUUUGUCAGAAGAGCAGCUUGCUGUCCUCAUCUCGGGCAUGUACACGCUCCUCAGAGAAGCCUUGCGCCUUCCUCUACCAACUUUCAAACAAGAAGUUUUCAAGGAAGAUCUGAAGGAUCUCAGGAUACCAGACGAUUUCAUCGCAGACUUUGCCAGCGUAGUCUUUGGUAACAGACGUCCUGUUCUUGAAGCCACAACCCUGAAACAAGCAAAUAGUUUGCCAAGAGUCAAAGACUUCCAGUGGAGGGUGGAUGUGGCUAUAUCUACAAGCUCGCUGGCCCGUGCAUUGCAGCCAUCCAUCUUAAUGCUGCUGAAGCUUUCGGAUGGGGAAGCUCAUCGUUUUGAAGUGCCGGUUGCAAAGUUUCAAGAAUUACGUUAUAACAUUGCCCUAAUACUGAAAGAAAUGAAUGAUUUGGAGAAAAGAAGUGUUCUGAAAAUCCAGGACUGAACCUUUCAGCUAGUGAAUGAACAGAGCAAGUCUGAAACCCUUAAAGAGAAUUGUGAAUUGCAAAAUGAAGAACCAGCACCAUUUUGCAUGUCUGUAUUGUAACAUUAACAUUUCUAACGUUGCUGUAAAUAUUUUUCAAUUAAAGUGUUAAAAGCCUCA